GAACCCUAAUUCAAGUCGUGAUUCGGGAUUAAUCGUUACUGCUAACGUUAUUUUUCGUCUAUAUAUCUAACUUUAUUUUGUAAUUUUUAAACUUCAAGAGAAAAAGUUUAAAGUGAAUCUAAUGUAGAUCAUUUGAAAAUACAAAAAAUACAGCAAACAAAAAAUAAAUACGAAAACAAACAAAUAAUAACAAUAAAGGAUACACACUAAUCAACAUUUUAACAGUUCUUUAAAUUAAUUAAAAAUGAUGUCUUUGAAAUUAAUUGGCUGCAUUGCAAUUUCAUUAAGCGUGCUUUCAUUUGCAUGUGCUCAACUUGCUCCUGGCUCGAACACAUAUCUUCCACCAACUACAAAUGGAUAUUCAUAUCCAGAGCCAAAAGAAAAAUUUUCACCACCACCAGGUGGUCCUAAGCCACCAGGCGGUCCUCGCCCAGGCCCAGGCCCCGGACCUCGACCUUCUCCACCAGGAUCUCCUGCAGAUGACCACGUUCAUGUGCCAGGAAAUCCAUACGAAUUUGAUUAUUCAGUUAAAGAUGCUGCAACUGCAAAUGAUUAUUCACACAAAGCAAGUAGCAAUGGUGAUGUUGUAGAAGGUGAAUAUCGUGUAGCAUUGCCUAAUGGACGUACCCAAGUUGUGCGAUAUACUGCUGAUUGGAAGACUGGAUUCCAUGCGGACGUGACCUAUGAAAAUUGAAUGACAGGUUAAAAGAAAUGCAAUCUUAUAGUCAUUCCUUAUAUUCAACUCUAACAAAACAAGAAAAACGAAAAAACAGACCCGCAUCUUCUGAAAGAAAAAUUUAAAAUGAUUUAUUUUUUAAAAUCUAUGUAUAUUCGUUUAUAAAACAACAAAACAUAUUGUUUUAAUUUUUGUAUUUUGAAAUAAAAAGAAAAUUAAAUUUAA